AUUUAACUUAGUUAAAUUAUUUCAUUUAAAAAAAUUAUGUUUUUAGAAAAAUUUAAAGCUCUUAUUGACAAAAAUAAUCAUAAAAAAAUACAUUCCUUCGACUAUAAUCGUGCAGGCUUCAGGCAGCAGCGCCCCCUGGUGGCCGGCUGAGCUCCGGGCAGCAGCGCCCCCUGGUGGUUGGGUGAGCACGGGCAAGCUGGGGGAUUUCCUGAGCGGAAGUAGCGGAAGGGGGUUUCCAGCGUAAUGAGCCCAGUCCUCCUCCCCGACAGUCCCCGACCUGGAUGCUCAGUGGCGGCUUCUGUGUCAGAAAAACCCAGCGAAACAUUCGGAGCCCGGAGAACUCUGCGCCGAACCGGACUAUGAGGAGUCCGCCUGAAGCCUGGAGGCUCCGCGGCUGCGCCGGCGGCACGUUGUAGCGCCCUGAAUCCGCCGAGAGUUGACCGAGCUGAGGGGCUGCUGAGCCGUCGAGCCGUGGCCUGUGGAGGAGACUGAAUCCUCCUCGGGUCAUGUCCUCCGGGAGGAUUUCUGAUGGGAGGGAAGUGCAGAUCCCCCUCCAGCAGGUGGCGCCGUCCCUGGUCUCACCGCUCUCCUGCAGCCCCACCUUCACGCCGCCCUCCUUCCGCACGGCCAGUCACUGGCCUCUGUGUGAACUCCCCCCUCCACAAGGUGUUCCCGCUGGCUUCCUGCCUCUUCUCGGAGGAUUCAGAGAUCACUUCGUUGAAACGCCAGAAGCCAAAUAUCGCUGUUUGGACUGCGGGCUGGUCCUGUGUCACCCUCGUCAGACUGAGUGUGGACACCGCUUCUGUCAGAGCUGCAUCAACAAGAUCCUCAGUGGUCCAAACCCCACAUGUCCAACCGACAAGGAGCCGUUGUUCAAAGACAAGAUCUUUAAGGAUGUCUGUUGUCACCGUGAGAUCAUGGCACUGAAGGUUUUCUGUCGGAGCGAAGCCAACGGCUGCCAGGAGCAGAUGAGUCUGCAGCAGAUCCCCGACCACCUGAACGUCUGUCCCUUCUACGAGGUGCCCUGUCCGUUGGGUAAAUGCAAGGAGAGGAUGAUGAGGAAGGAGAUUCCCGACCACCUGACCUGGAAAUGUAAACACAGAGAGACCAGCUGUGAGUUCUGCAUGGCCAAGAUGCCUCUGACCGAGCUGCAGAAACACAAAGAGACUGUGUGUCCAGCCUUCCCCGUGUCAUGUCCCAACCACUGCACCUUCUCCUCCCUGCCCCGAAGUGAGCUUUCCAGCCACCAACACGACUGCCCCAAAGCCCAGGUCAGCUGUGUGUUCCAACGCUACGGCUGCACAUUCAAGGCUUUAAACCAAGACAUGAGACAACACGACUCCACCUUUGCAGCCGAGCACCUGAGGAUGAUGGUGACCAGGAACUGCCUGCUGGAAAACAAGGUGGAGGACGUGAAGGAGGAGCUGGUGGAGCGGUACAAGGUUCUUCCCGCUCUGAGCAGCCGCCUGUCGGAGCUCGAGAACCAGAACAACGAGCUCCGAGACAAGAACCGGCAGACGGAGCAGAAGCUGGUCACCAUGCAGAAGCUGAUGAGCUCGCACUCAGAGAAGCUGCUGGAGCUGGAGCUGGAGCUGCGUUCUCUCCGCGCGCUGCGAGACGAGGUGGAGAGCCUGCGGGGCGCGCUGGACGGUGUCCGGACCAGACUGGGCACUCUGGAGCAGGGGGGGCGCUGUGGAACCGGGUCCACUCACACUCUGGCCACCCUGGAGACCCAGGUGGGCCGACACGACAACAUGCUGAGCGUCCACGAGAUCCGCUUGGCCGACAUGGACUUACGCUUCCAGGUUCUGGAGACGGCCAGCUACAACGGGACUCUGAUCUGGAAGAUCCGGGACUACAAGAGGCGGAAACAGGAGGCGGUGGCAGGAAAGACCCUGUCCCUGUACUCGCAGCCGUUUUACACCGGCUACUUCGGGUACAAGAUGUGCGCUCGGGUCUAUCUGAACGGAGACGGGAUGGGGAAGGGCUCGCACCUGUCUCUGUUCUUUGUGGUGAUGAGAGGCGAGUACGACGCCCUGCUGCCCUGGCCUUUCAAACAGAAGGUGACUCUGAUGCUGAUGGACCAGGGUCCUUCCAGGAAACACCUCGGGGACGCCUUCAAGCCCGACCCGAACAGCAGCAGCUUCAGGCGCCCCGCUGCCGAGAUGAACAUCGCCUCCGGCUGUCCUCUGUUCGUGUCUCAGAAUCUCCUGGAGACGGGCAGCUACAUCAAAGACGACACCAUCUUCAUCAAGCUCACAGUGGACACCUCAGACCUCCCGGACCCGUGACGAUUCUCCUCCUCCAGUUGGAGAUGCUUUCAUCGGUGCGAGAUCGGCACAGCAAAGGAUGAUGGGAAGUCCCGGUGCCGAGGCGGGUCUCACUGGGCAGACAGUGGAUCUGUUGGCAGAGGAGCAGAACCAGCGCCGAGCUCCGCUUCUUAUUUAUUGUGCUUACUGAGGCAUGCUGGGAAACUUGUUACCAGAACCAGAACCAGCUCAGACUGGUCCAGUUCAGAACUUUAUAUAUGAAACAAUGAAUCUAACUGGGUUCUGGUGUCACACCUUCACACUAGUCUUUAUUUUAGUGACUAGCAUGGCUAGUUCCUGACACUAACCAGGUUAGUUAAUCUGACUGCUCCAGCUGAACCGGGCUCACUGGGUCGAGUGAGAACUUUAUUUUUACAGAACAGAUUUUUGUUCCAGUGUCUCAAUCUUUUCAUAUUAUUUUGAAAGCAGGGUAGCUGGGUUUAACCAGCUUUUCUUCUGACCCGGUCACAGCUUUCAGGACACAUUCAGUUCAGAAAGGCUGGUUGUUCCGCCGGAACCGCACGGUCCAGAGCAACAGAACUGAUCGGAACCAAACCUGAGAAACAGGAGCUGAACAAACCGUAAAGACAAGUGAGUAGGCGGGUGUUCAGAGGAGCUUUGAACCGGACCGGGUUUUUCAGAACAGACAGAAUUUUUUUUUUUUUGAUUCAUUUGCACAAUUUAAAUGUUUGUUGAAGUGUAAAAUAAAAAAGUAAAACAAG